AUGCCAAAGAUUACAUUUGCACAAGUCAUUAUCUUCCUAGCCAUUACCUCAAUUUACGCUUCCGCUUCUCCAACUCCCCACGAAUUCCGCGAUCCAACAAUUUCCUGCCCUGCGUCCAAUGGCCAGACCUUUACCGUUGGCAGUUCCUCUUUCGCCAUCUCAUGCAGUUAUGACGUCUCGGGUGGGUAUAUGGGCAUGUCAUGGGAAGCUAACCUCAGCAAAUGCCUUUCCACUUGCGAUGUCACGCAGGGAUGCAUCGUCGUUUCAUACACGGGCGGGGCCUGCUACAUGAAGAAUCGCAAUAAUGGUGGGAGGUCUGCGACAGGGAUUUCGUCGGCCCAGAAGGUUGUCGGAACCCCCUCCAGCUCAUCAAAUAUGAUAUCUACCGCAUCGGCUCCCUCCACCUCUACAGCCACGGCGACUCCGAGUCCCUCAACCAUCUCCUGCCCUGCAUCCCAUGGGUUAGUGUACAUUUCAACAAAUAGCAUCUUCAAGAUAGAGUGUUACACGGAUCACCUCGGAGGAGAUAUGGGUCUUUCGUGGGAAUAUAGCCUUCAGAGCUGUAUUGAGACUUGUGACGCAAUGGCAGAAUGUGUUGAUGUUUCAUACCGUCCCGGAUCUCCCGGCCCCUGCUACAUGAAGGCCGCAGUGCUCAAUACAGGGACGGAUCCGGGUAUUUGGGGCGCUCCCCGCAUUGGGACAGUAUCAAAAGCAUCCUCGAUGACCACCAGUUCAACAUAUGUAACAUCUUUAAGCUCCCUGGGAUGGACUACUAUAUCGACUUCCAUUCCUCUAAGCUCGCCGACUGUGACAUCCUCGAGUUUCCCGAACUCAACCAGUAUAGCAUCUCCCAACUCUGCAAGCAUAGCACCAUCCCCGCCACCACCCUCACCUCCACCCCCACCAAUCAGCUGCGGCCUAAUCCAAGACGCCGACUUCGAAACCCCCGGCACAACUCCCGACUGGCACGUCCUCAGCACCUCCACAACCAACUCCUCCACCGGCUUCUACCGCACCCAACCCUCCACCGAGACCAGCCAUAAAGGCCCCAACGUCUUCUACACCCUCAGCUCAUCCCCCAACGAUAGCGUGACCUGGGAACCACCAUCUUGCAACUCACUGCGGGAAUCCAGUACAAUAUUACCUUUUGGGUGCGGAAGAAUACCCCUGGGAUGUCAGUGGCUGUUGUGGAUGGCGUGCAAAGGGGGUUAGUGCCGGCGAGGGGAGAUUUGGGAUGGCGGCAGUAUGAGGUGGGGUUUGUGGCUCAGGGGGCGAGUGCGGGGCUUGUGAUUGUGUCGGCGUGUCUGGGGUAUAGUGGGUUGUGUGGGCAGAUUUUUGAUGAUUUUGGGCUGAAGCCGGAUGCGGGGCGUGUACGCUGUGAUUGAAGCUCUGGGGAUUGCGAGUUGGUUGAUUGUGAGAUGGGGUGAUGGUGUUGUUGGGUUUCAGUUGAUCUUGUCGGAGUUUAGUACUACUUGCAUAGAACUCUUGAUAACUGAACUUUUUGGACUGAG